CCUGAAUAUAAAGGUCGCUUUCAAUUGGAAAUUUCAACAUGCGUGUUUCAGACACAUACAUGAUCUCAAUGACAUUUUCCACUAACCUUUCGGAUGUAGAUUAAAUUGACAAUGAAAUGAAUGCUAGACAAAUAGAGAAAAAAGUCAAUGCGAUAGUCGAUGAAAUUCUUGACGAAGAUCAGGAAAACGAUUUCGAUGCAACACGAGCCGAAACUUGUCCAGGAGAUUGCGAGAAAUUAGAUGAUACGUCUAAGGAAGGGACUGAAGACUCAAGAGACAGAAAAUUUCUUUCGCCACAAAUACCCCGGCAAUGCAAAUGCGGUGUGGAGACUUCGUCGAGGUUCUCGCUUCGCGUAAUGGAAGCAAUGCGCUCGCUGCAGCGCGACGUGGACCAGCCGUCCACGUCCAGCGCCGAGGAGAUCGCCGACUACAUCCGGUCGCAUUAUCGCUACGAUGGCGACCUUUAUGCUCAGGUGCGGACCGCGCUGAGACAGAUCUGUUCUCAAGGGUUAGUUCCCGGCGUCGCUUCGUCGAAGGUCAGGCAGAUCGAGUGAAACGCGUAAUACCUCGCCCAUAAAAUUUUAAUGAACCAAUGUUUCAUUCAAACAC